AUUCAAUUGAGAGUUUUAGCCUUUUAGGUGAUUUGUGUCAAAAUGACAAAUCCACUGUUAUUGAAACAUGAAUUUUAAAAACUCAUUUAAAAUUCGGUGUUAUUGAACUUGACAUUUUAUAAAGUACUCUGAAAUCCACUUUCAAGUGAUUUUAGAGUGUUUGGGUGGAGUUUCUUAGUUAAAAAAAUAAAACUCAAAUCUCAUGGUUUUAGGUGAUAUUCUAGUGUGGGUUAACAAAAAUCAUUUUAUUCUCUGCAAUUCCUUAAAAUCAUCUAAAACCUCAUUAAAAGUCAAAUCCCCUCGUAUCUAUAUUAUUAAAGCAUAAUCUGCCAUUGAUUUUUUUAGUUAUUUACAAUGGCAUACCAUUACUUUUUCUAGAUUAUUUUUCUAUUUUAAUAAAUUGUUUCCUCUUUUACAAUUGGUAGUAAAUUAUGUUAACAUAUAUAAUCAUUGGAUUCUAACUACUUUCCUAUCCAAAAUUAUGUAUUCACAUUUAUAUAUAACGAAACGUGUACCAUAUUUGCAAUCGAUCAUUUUUUUAAUUCAAAAUUCUGUAUUGACAUUUACAAAUAUACAAAACUAGAUGAUAACCCGCGCGCAUGCGCGGAGUGAGUUUUUAUAAUAAUGUGUUUAUUAAAUAGUUUUAACAUUUUGAAACACUACAAUUUUUAUCAAUUAUAAAAUGGCGAAUACAAAUGUUGGUCUCUUAAAUAUAUUAUCGUUGUUGAAGAGUUAAGAUAUUACAUCUCAUUUUAAUUAUUUUUAAGAUUUCAUAUGCACGAAAAGAAAUUAAGUUUUGCGGAUGACAUAAAUCACCAAAACCAAAUAGGCAACAUCGAGUAUUAAUGACGAAAGGUGAUUAGGUUUUCUGCUCUCGAUUUGUUUACUAUUGACUCUCCAUCAGUGAUUUUAUUUUCUACCUCUAUAAAAUUGUUAUUUCGUUCUCGUCCUUGUUCAUUGAUAUGAGUUAAGUUUUUUUUUAACUUCUUCUAUGAAUUCGGUGAAUUACAUAAGUGUCAAUUUAAAAAAUAGACAUCUGUAAAAUUAGUUUCACUCCAGAUACAUAUCUAAGAAUUAAAAGUUUGAAAAAAAAUUUCCGGCAAACUAUACUAACAGGUUAGUGUUUAUAUAUAAUAUAUUAAGCUGUUAUAGAAUAUAAGUGCAGACUAGAAAUAUAAAUGUAUGUCUAAUAUAUAUUCACCAGCUCGGUCAAAAAAUCAUCUAGUUUUAGAUUAAAUGAGAAUCAUUAUCCCAACAAAAGAAAAAGAUACCCUUCGAUGUUAGCCCCAGUUUCCAGUUUACCAUAACAAAUUAGUCUGUCCUUUUAAAGGAGAUGUUAACAGUAAUUUGUAUGUGCUACUGUUAACAUUUCAUAAAUCCCAUUUUUCCGUUACAUACUCGAGAUCCUAUCCAGGCAGUCAGUGCUUUUACAAAAAAAAAACCCAGUCAGUGUUUCUAUAUAUCAGUAUCUAGACAAAGCUUAAAACUGAAAUAAUGCAAACCUCUCCGUUAAGACUUUACGGUAGUGGGCCUAGUGGGUACUUUGGGAAGUUUUGGUGCAACAAACAAUUCACUUGAUUGAAUUUACCCUAGCUUUUUCCAAUAUUUUUUCAAAAAAAAAAAAACAAACAAUUCACUUGAGAGAAUCAAAAGAAAUAAUUUUGAAGCUUAAAUUGGAAUAUUAAGAGACUUGAAUUUAAUUUUACUGACAGGUGGACGCUGGGAUUCGGAGCAAAAAUGAAAUAUAUAAACCGUAACAAACAAAGGGGGCUAAUUAUUAUGUUAGUACAGAAUAUGUUGUUAUUGAUAUAUUCUACGAAUAUUAUUAUUUUUCCAUGAAAAACUUAUCUACUAUUUAUGUUUAAUAUUUUUUUCUUGAUAAAAUUUCGAUCUUUUAGUAUUGAUAAAGUUAAAAGUCUACGAAAAUAUUUUGUACGGGUUAGAAAAUAUUUUGUACGGAUUAGAAAAUAUUUUGUACGGGUUUAAGAAUAUUUUUAUACAUACAUAUUUUGUUCGCAAAUAAACCUAUAUAUACGUCUUGUUGUUUCGCUGUGUUAUCCAAAACGUCCCUUUCAGAUCUCACAUCAUCCCUUCAUCAUAUUUUCCUCUAUCCUUCACAGCAUAUCGUCUCUCUACUUACACCAUGGAUCCAAACGAUCGUAUCAACCUUGAUCUGUCCUUGGGGAUUGGUCCUCAAGCAAAAGAUCCGGUCGAGCAACAUUGCAAGUUGAUGGAACUCUUAAGAUCAGUAAGUGAUUCUACACAAAAUGCCCAGCCUUCUCCUCCUCUUCCUCCACUUCACACGAUGCCUCCUGGAUACUACAACCUCACAUACCCUCAGAAUGCAGCAGGACAACUCCUUCUGCCUCCUAUAACGAACCAGCGUGGAGUUGGAACCUUGGAGACUCCCCGGCCAGGAACUAGGUUAGGUCGCCCACCUGGUGGGCACCAUGCACGUCGUAAUUCAUCUAAAGCGGCUGCCACGGUUGAAGAAAGCGUUGACAAGGAUAUCGUACCACCAUAUCCAUGGGCGACCACAAGGCCAGCCCGAAUUCACAACCUUAGAUACUUGUAUGUGAAUAAUAUAAACGUGAUCGUUGGACAAGUCCAUUGCAAGCCUUGCGAGAGUACUCAAACCAUUGAGUAUAAUCUCACGGAGAAGUUUGGGGAAUUGUAUCGUUACAUUUAUGACAACAAGGAGGUGCUGCGUCACCGAGCCCCGAAAGUUUGGUCUUGUCCUAAACUGACUCCAUGUUGCUCAUGCAAGAACGGGAUGAAGCCGGUGAUCGGCGAGAAUAAGGAAGAAAUCAACUGGUUAUUUCUUUUGUUAGGGCAAAUGUUGGGAUGUUGUACUUUGGAUCAGCUCAGGUACUUUUGUGACAAAACUAGUCAACAUAGAACCGGUGCAAAGGAUCGUGUACUCUACAUAACUUAUUUUGGUCUAUGCACGCAGCUCGAGCCAUGCGACUUAUUUAGUCUAUGACUUGUAUCGGAAUCGGGCAGGGCUGAUGGCUUUUAAGGUUUAUUUUGGUUUUCAUAGUGAGUUUUAGGGGUUUUAAGGAACAAGUAUUAUUAAUGCGUUCAGUAAAAAAAAAGGAUUAUUAAUGCGUAAGUUUAGGGUUUACGUCUUUCAAGCAGCAAUAUACAUUCCAUUUGGAGCGAGAGGAAUAGAAUCCUCAAUCACCGGCACAGCUCAUUCAGUUCAUGGACAAGUUGGUGCGUAACAGAUUCUCUACGCUUACCAGAAGGUGGGCUACACAUUUUGACAAAGCAAUGUCAAAGUGGUUUCAGUCACGAGAGUAAAAGGAUACUCUGGUCUUCCAAUCACAUGUAGGUUGAGUUAUAAAACCAAACCUUAGACCAUGAUUAUCGCCUGCACGUUUUCAUAGGCACAAUUUUUUUUUUUUUGGCUGAUUAAAAAAAAGAUGGAAACAAUAAAAAGACCACCAAUCGCGGGCCGCCAUGUGUCAGUAGGACCCGCAAACAGUGCAAGAAAUAUACCAAAGUCGAUCUUUAUUUCCUCUCCUCUGUUAUUGUUUUUAACCCAAAAAAUGGGUUCCGCCACUUAGAACCCCUUCUUGUAACCCGCGAUAAUCUUGCUCUUAGAUCAUUCUUUUUACAACUGUUUUUGAGAUAGAAUUAAUUUACCAUUCUUUCAAAAAAAUGCAUAAGUCGUCCUUUUGUAUUCUUUUUGUUAAAAUCUGUAAUUAGUAUGUAUUAUGUGAAAACUAAACGAAGAAAAAAAAAAUCAUCCUGAUAGACUUGAAUUAUAUGCUAA